CACGAGCAGUAUUUGGCUCUGUGGCUCGCUCGCACUCCUCGAAAGCACACUCCAAUCGCCAUCGUCUUCGUCUUCGAUCCGUCAGCAGCAGAAGCAGAGCGCCUCCCGACCGGCCAUGGCGACCGCGAGAGUCAUCCCGGCCGCGGCGACGAGCGCCACCUCUUGCCUGCUCGCCAGGACGCCGUUCUCGCUCCGGCGGACGGCUGUGAACGCCGGCGGGCUGUGCUUCUUCAGGAGGGCCGGGGCCGAGCCGUCGUCGUCCUCCAGGAGGUUGUUCACUUGCAGAGCUAUCCAGAAGCCUCAGGUCCAGGUCAAAGAGGAGGGCAAGCCCGAGACGCUCGAUUACAGGGUCUUCCUCGUCGACGAUUCCGGCAAGAAGGUUUCCCCAUGGCAUGAUAUACCAUUGCAACUAGGCCAUGGUGUUUUCAACUUUGUAGUUGAAAUACCUAAGGAGUCAAGUGCAAAGAUGGAAGUUGCUACGGACGAGCCAUUCACUCCCAUCAAGCAGGAUACUAAGAAGGGCAAUCUUCGAUAUUAUCCCUACAAUAUCCACUGGAAUUAUGGAUUACUUCCACAAACAUGGGAAGACCCAUCUUUUGCAAACUCUGAAGUUGAAGGGGCAUUUGGCGAUAAUGAUCCAGUUGAUGUUGUUGAGAUUGGUGAAAGUCGGAGACAGAUUGGUGAGAUUCUUAAGGUCAAGCCCUUGGCUGCAUUAGCUAUGAUUGAUGAGGGGGAACUUGACUGGAAAGUAAUAGCAAUUUCACUGGAUGAUCCUAAAGCUUCCCUUGUAAAUGAUAUAGAUGAUGUUGAGAAGCAUUUCCCGGGUACUCUAACUGCAAUCAGGGACUGGUUUCGUGACUACAAAAUUCCUGACGGAAAACCAGCCAAUAAGUUUGGUCUUGGAAACAAGCCAGCUGACAAGGCUUAUGCUCUGAAGGUUAUCACUGAGACAAAUGAAUCUUGGGCCAAACUCGUGAAGAGAUCAAUUCCUUCGGGUGAAUUAUCUCUUUUGUAAUGUUGAUCAUUGAUUUCAUGCGUGCACACUUGGAUAUGUCCAUUUUUUCCGUUAUAGAGUCGGAAAUGUCCUCCCGUGAUGCUAUUUGCCGAUAUUGUGUACACGAAUGGAAUUAUCGAGUUCUGGAUGUUUAGGUGGCAUUUAUCACUGUGUAUUUUAGGCAUCAUUGUUGUUUCACUAACAUUUGUGUGAGAUUUUUCGUCGUACGAAAUAUAAAAACUUUCAUGUAGUAUAUACCCCCUCAUACUA